AUGAGGGCUCUGAAACCCUUAUUAGUCUCUCAACAUUGGGCCCCUCUCAGGUGCAUCCAGCCCAGAUAUUGUUCUCACCUAACUAACGCCACUGUGACCUCGAAACAAAAGAGGUCUACGGUAUGUGAGAGCUUCAGGAGUAAGGUGGCUUCUGGUCCAAACUUUCAGGACUUUGUCAAAGGACUUUCAGAGAGCAGGACUUCUGUUGUGGAUGCGGAUGAGGAACCCUCCUAUAAACAAAGUUAUCUUCCUGGACACUUGGAGAGAGGGAACUCAAGGAAAGUGUAUUUUGAGACCUACGGAUGUCAAAUGAAUGUAAACGACACGGAAAUAGCCUGGUCGAUACUUCAGAAGAAGGGAUAUCUACGCACAGUUGACCUAAAUGAGGCCGAUGUAGUCCUACUGGUAACCUGUUCCAUAAGAGAAAGGGCUGAGCAGACUAUUUGGAAUAGGCUACACCAGCUAACAGCCAUGAAGAAGAAGCGAUUGAGGACCCACUCUCCAAUGAAAAUAGGGGUUUUAGGGUGCAUGGCGGAGAGGCUGAAGACAGAGCUUCUGGAGCGGGAGAAGCUGGUUGAUGUUCUUGCCGGGCCAGACGCUUACAGGGACCUCCCCCGCCUUUUAGCUAUUGCUGAUGGAGGACAACAAGCCAGCAACGUGCUGCUGUCCUUAGAGGAGACCUACGCUGACAUCAUGCCUGUUCAGCUCGCUCCUCAGGGUCGGAGUGCCUUUGUGUCCAUCAUGCGCGGCUGUGACAACAUGUGCACAUACUGCAUUGUUCCAUUCACUAGAGGCAGAGAGAGGAGUCGGCCGGUCUCCUCCAUCCUCGAGGAAGUCUGUAUGCUCUCAGAUCAGGGCGUGAAAGAGGUGACGCUGCUGGGUCAGAAUGUGAACAGCUAUAGGGACACUUCCGAGGAACACUUCUGCGCCUCUGACCUGACCAAGCUCAGCCGCGGCUUCAAAACCAUCUACCAGACAAAACGGGGGGGGCUGCGCUUCUCCGACCUGCUGGACCGAGUGUCUCGCAUCGACCCUGACAUGAGGAUCAGGUUCACCUCUCCUCAUCCUAAGGAUUUCCCCGAUGAGGUUCUCCAUCUGAUCGCAGAGCGUAGGAACAUCUGUAAGCAGAUCCACCUCCCAGCUCAGAGCGGAAGCAAUCAGGUCCUGAAGGCAAUGCGGCGUGGCUACACCAGUGAGGCCUACCUUGACCUUGUGGGGAACAUAAAGCAAAUCAUCCCAGAUGUGAGUCUCAGCAGCGACUUCAUCUGUGGUUUCUGCGGUGAAACGGAGGACGACCAUCAGCAAACGCUCUCUCUGAUCAGACAGGUGGGCUACAACACAGGGUUCCUCUUCGCUUACAGCAUGCGGAAGAAGACGCACGCCUUCCAUCGCUUACAAGAUGAUGUGGCGGCAGAGGUGAAGCAGCGAAGGCUAGAGGAGUGCAUCGGUGUGUUCAGGGAGGAAGCUUUGAGAGUCAACGCUGCUCUUGUAGGCAGCAGGCAGCUCGUGUUGGUGGAGGGAGAAAGUAAAAGGUCUGCCAAGGAGCUGUGUGGCAGAACAGAUGGCAACAUGAAGGUGAUUUUCCCCAAAGAAGAUUUGCUGAUACAGUCUGUUGAAUCCAGCAAUGUGCCAGUCAGUGCCGGAGACUACGUUCUGGUGCAGAUAUUGUCAACUAACUCUCAGAGCCUGAGAGGCAUAGCCCUCACUCACAGCUCCCUGGGAGGAACUCUGACAAGAUGUGAGGCUCUGCCUGUAGACCAGCUUACGUGA